AUGUUAACUGAUGUAGCUCUUAUGUCAUUUUUAGUCUCCUCAUCAGAAAAAAAGGAGUCUAUGGAGUAUUCUAGGUCUUUUAUUAUUGCUGGAAUUGGUAUAUUAUUUCCUACGGUUGCACAAGAGCAAGUACCCAUUCGUCCAACUAGUUUCCCCACAGACGAGUUAACUUUGAGAAGAAAAAACGCAGUACUUAGCAGACAAAAUAGCCGACAAUCCGUCAAGAGUCUAAUCGAAACUAUUGAGAGCCAAGGAAAACCUGUUUCAAAAAAUUCUCUUGGUAGUGUCAGUCGUAGCAGUUCAGCGUCCUCAAUAAAUUCUUUAGCCUCAGACAUAAGAAACCCUUCAAGCCCAUCAAUAUUGCCUACACCAUCGCCUGGUAGCCCUUUGAAGACGCCAUCUGAUUGGUCUGAAAUUUCCAAUAAUGCUUUGCCUCAAAUUAAGACUCCAUUAAAGGAACAUCAGCCUAAUAAGAUUGGUGGUUGGGGAAAAAACGGAAUUAAUGAUGCCCUUUCGAAGCCAGACUUAGUUAAAACCAAAUCAGAGGACACUACCUAUAGGGACCAAAUUUUGCAAAAGGGAAUCGAUUUUUCGCGCAGGAACAGCUAUUCAGAUUUGAGUGAACGUAAAGAUCCUCUCAACAGCCUAGUGAAAAAUGGUGGCUCGAAACGCAACGCCUUACUAAAAUGGUGUCAGAAUAAAACUGUAGGAUAUCGUAAUAUCGAUAUAACCAAUUUUAGUAGUAGUUGGAACGAUGGUUUGGCUUUAUGUGCUCUGUUGCACACUUACCUUCCCGAUAGAAUCCCUUAUGAUUCUUUAACUCAGCAUGAGAAAAGAAGGAAUUUUUCUUUGGCUUUUUCUGCUGCUGAAAGUGUUGGGAUUCCAACAUCUUUGAAUAUCAACGACAUGAUCCAGCUGGAACGACCUGAUUGGCAGCAAGUGAUGUCCUACGUUACAGCUAUUUAUAAGCAUUUUGAAGUUUAA